CACAGCCUUAGAUAAAAAUUGAACCCCUAAAUGUGUGUGUGUGUGCGGGGGGUCCCGUACAACUGCCCGAUGUGCCCAUUCAUUAAGACGGCACUACUUCCAUCUCUGCACUACGUCAACCCUGAUGCAGCUGAUCUUUGAUCCAAUGCAUCCCACCCAUGACCAUCCCAUCAUUUUAGUCAUGUAGGACUGAAUUAUAUGAGGUGUCCAGGACAUUCACACACUUUCACACCAAAAGGAAUAGAAUUACAUACCGCUUUAGAACCAUUUCUAAAUUUUCCGGAAAUAUAUGUGAUCGAAUAUCAUACAUGUAUUACCGAAAACGAUUUGGAAAUGAUUGUUAUAAUUUAAAUAUAAAUUCAUUAUUAAUUAUUAAUCAUUAAGGCGGCCAUAGAUCAUAUUCCACCGAUUCCGCCGAAGUCGACUUUGCUUUUCAGCUUUUCGGAGUCGAUGAAAACAAGUACCAGAUCGAUGUAAUCGGCAAUUCCCUACCCCUAAAAAAAUUGCUGGCCUCCAAAAAAUAAAAAGGUUAUGAGGGGUUAUACGAGGUGCUUAAACCAGAAUUCUGACUUGUCUUUUUAUAAAAACUUUUUUUUAAAGUGUCACGCUGAUUCUGCCUAGCAGUUACGUUAAGGUUCCGUGUCUAUGGAAUACUCAGCCACUUACACCUUAAUUCAGGCAGCCAAACAGAAAAGAUCCGCAUCAAAACUACAUCAUUACACCAAAUUUGAACUCAAUUGGGACAAAAUCGAAAGCUGGCAGCCACACAGAAAAGAUCCCAACUGAAUACUCGUUGUCGAACGACGAAGAUCCACCACCACUACGCUAAAGGCAGACCCCCCAGUAUGGCCGCAGUCCAUUGACAGAAACCUAUAAGAGAAUAAAAUAAUUAAGAAAUAAUAUAUGCCUUUAUUUGGAUAAAAGAAAAAAUAUUUCAGUGCCCCAGUAUGGCCGCAGUCCAUUGAUAGAAACCAGUAAGAGAAUAAAAGAAUUAAUACCAUUACGAAAUAUGUCUUCAUUUUGUAUAGAAGAAAAGUGAUUUCAGUGCCCCAGUAUGGUCGCAGUCCAUUGACAGAAAAAGAAAAAUUAGGCGAUUAAGCAAUACCAUUAACAAAUAUAUGCCUUCGUUUUGUUCCGAAGGAAAGUGAUUUUGGUAUAUAAAUAAGACAUUGAUUCAGCUGAGUGUAUACAAGAUGUUUUUGGUACUCUUAAGUAUCACUUGUUUUUAUACAAUGGAAGAAAAUCCAUUUCCUGACUUGAAAAUAAGCAAUUAUGAUUUCCUGGAUGAAUCAGAUGAUCGUCGAGUGUGUCCAGAGUGUGGAAAAUCAAGGAAAUAUUUCUGUUACACCUGUUAUAAACCUGUGAUAGGAACGGAACAUUUAACACCUGUCGUCAAGCUGCCUAUAGCCAUUGACAUCCUGCGCCAUCCCAGUGAGUGUGCAGGCAAAAGUACUGCCAGCCAUGCUGCCGUUUUAGCACCAGACAACGUCAGUGUCUACACAUAUCCUUGUGUUCCAAAUUAUGAUAAAGACAAAGUUGUUUUGGUUUUCCCUGGUCCUGAGUCUGUCACACUUGAAGAAUUAAAGGCUGCUGCUGGGUGCAUCUCCAAUCCACAGACUUCUUCAGAUUCUCAACAUGAAAAUGGGGACAAACCAAAUGCCCAAUUUAACAAUGAAGAUCCUACAAAUGGUUUGAACGAUUCUACAAAAGCUACAAAGAGGAAAUCUGAUUCAGCAAAUUCUCCAACUCCUUGUAGAAAAUACACUAAACUGUCCGUGGCACCAUUUGAAAGGGUAAUCUUCAUUGACAGUACAUGGAACCAAACCAACCAAAUUUCUAAAGACGAUCGUCUAAAAGGAAUUCGUUGUGUAGAGAUGAAAACCAGGCACACCAAGUUCUGGCGCCACCAGCGGGACAAACCGAACACCUAUUUGAGUACGGUUGAAGCAAUCUACUAUUUUCUACGGGAUUACCAUACAUAUUUUAUCAGCGACGAGUACCACGGGGAAUAUGAUAACCUCCUCUUUUUCUUUUGCUUUAUGUAUCAAAAAAUACGGUGUAUGUACAAUGGAGGACACCAUCUCCUUGCUUAUAAACAAAACGACAAGAAAGAUUCGGAAGAAACACAAUCAUAGUGAAUUAAUUGAUAUACAUUUAUAUUGAUUUUAAUUAAAUUUCCCUUUGCAAUCAUUUAUAUGGAAAUAUAUUUUUUUAUAAACAUA